AUUCACUCCCGAGCUCGGGAAAGCAAGAGCUGAAGAGCAAGAGAGUGAGACAGAGAGAGGAUCCUCCCUUUACCCCACACUCUUGCACACACACACCACACACACACGCAACAAAGCGGAGCGCGACGACAACUUAUUACAGCAAUUACUUUACUCUACCUGCAUAACUACCAUCAAAAUGGAUGCAAUCCAGGCGGAAUUCGACCGGCUGAACAAUAAGUCUAACCUGUCGAAGGCAGUCACCGAUAUCGAUAAGUGCAUCGCGCUUCUCGAAAAUGCGCGGAACCAGAUUGCCCAAGAACCGUCUUCACGUGGAAUGACGUUGGCACGGCUACAACAAUCUGUGAAUUCGCAGCUUGAGAAGGUCGGCGGCGAUCAUAAGGAAGUCUACACGGCCCUGAACCGGUACGGGAAAGCUCUCGAUAAAAAAUUCAAAGCGGCAUCUGCAUUCUCCUCGUCCGACUAUGAUGCGCUAUCGAACGAAGGCCACUUGAUUAAUCGGGCGAUCGCAAUGCACCUCAUCCGCGAGGGACAGUUCACCGUAGCCAGCAAGUUCGUCCAAGAAGCCGGCGACCUCGACAUCCCACCCGAGCUACAGGACGAGUUCGUUGAGAUGUACCAGAUCCUCAAGGCGAUGAAGGAACAACGGGAUCUGGAUCCAGCCAUAGCGUGGGCUAGGCAGAAGGCUCGGCAGCUGGAACAGCGCGGUUCGAACCUGGAGUUUGAUCUGUGCAAGUUACAGUUUGUGGCGAUGUUCGUUAACGGUAUGGAUGGGAGGAAACAUGCGAUGGAGUAUGCUAGGAGGGAGUUUGGGAGAUUCCAAGAUAAGCAUCUCAAGGAGGUGCAGAUGCUGAUGACUGCCUUCCUGUACACCGAUAAUUUGCAGCAGUCGCCAUAUGGAAGGCCGUUUCUGGAGCCAGAGAAGACAUGGGAAGAUGUGGCACAUUCCUUCACCAAGGAGUUUUGUUCGCUUUUGGGAUUGUCGGCGCAGUCGCCGUUGUAUCUUGCGGCUACAGCCGGUGCAAUUGCUCUUCCGACGCUGCUCAAGAUGACGAGCAUCAUGAAGGAGAAGAAAACCGAGUGGACCUCGCAGAACGAGCUGCCUGUCGAGAUCCCUUUGCCUCCCUCAUACCAUUUCCAUUCCAUCUUCGUCUGUCCUGUUUCCAAGGACCAGACAACGGAGGAAAACCCUCCAAUGAUGCUUCCUUGUGGCCACGUCAUUGCACUGGAGUCGUUGCAGCGAUUGGCAAGGAGCGGGAGCGCUCCAUCGUUGAAGUGCCCGUAUUGUCCAAAGGAGAGCACGCUGGCUCAGGCCAAGCAGGUCAUAAUCUGAGGCGCUGCUCUUCAACGCACAUGUGUAUUUCACUGCUGUUUUCUUACUUUUCUUCUUCAGGUGUUUGGGACAAAUCAAACGGGAUGGGCUAUGGUGUAUUGGGUUUCUUUCUUUUUGUAUCGCCGCUGGUCAGGGCUUCCAGUGUCUAUAGUAUCUUACCUCUCGAUUCAAUUCAGUU